AUGUUGAAGAAACUCUCGGAACAUUUUCCGACGGCAGCGACGCGUCUAGAGGCCUAUACUAGCAGUAAUAAUACUUCUAAUCCUAACAUUAUACCUUCAUCAUCCAAGACUACUACCGAUACGACGGACCAUCCAUACUCUUCAUCUUCUCUUCCUGUGGAAGAAUCAGAUUUACCCGACGCCGACUCAGAUCCAUCUCGACUCUUGAAGGAAAACAAGACAGAGAAUGAUGAUCUUGUAUUCUUCUCGGAAGAACCCCCAACCCUCAAGACAGUCUUUACGGAUCCUUUUGCUUCCGACACUGUCUCGUCUAUUGCUGCAAGUAUGAUGGGAUUGAUGAAAAAAGCACAUGAAGUAGCAACUACUGCAGCUAAAGAAGGAGCAAUGAAAGCACGUAAAGCUCUUGAUGUUGCUGAUAUGGAUGCUCUACAACGUCGACUGAGUUAUGCACUGGAUCGAUCAACGGGUGAAGUGAAUCUUCAAGUAUUGAAUUUCUCGUACAUUACUGAAAAUCUCAUUGCAAUGGGAUUUCCUAGUAUGAAUCUAGGUACAACACGUACGUAUCUCAAGGAUAAUCCAAUUGAUCUAGUGGCAAUGUAUCUCAAUGGCAAACAUCAUGGACAUUAUAUGAUUUGGAAUCUAAGUGAAGAGACUUAUGAGUAUACGUACUUUGAGAAUCAAGUGCUGGAAUUUAAUUUUCCAGGAUAUCCAGCACCACCACUUGGUCUAGUGUUUAAAAUCUGUUCGUCAAUUGAAAAUUGGCUUCAGGCAGAUGAAAAGAACUUGGCUGCUAUUCAUUGUUUAACAGGAAAAGGAAGAACAGGGACUGUGAUUGCCUGUUAUUUAGUAUGGGUAGGACAGUUUUCAAAUGCGAUGGAAAGCUUGGAGUAUAUUGCUGAAAAGAGAAAAACGUCGGUUGAAAAACUCACUAUUCCAUCGCAACGCAGAUACAUUCAGUACUUUAACAACGUAAUGGGAGGUGUGAAGCCGCGGUCAUCGCCGUUACUGCUACGCCGUGUGAUCAUUAACACUAUUCCGGUGUUUGGCGAGCGACGCGUACUGGAGCAGGCAAAAGACACGUCCACGGACAACAGGUUGAAAACGGGUGGAGAAGAAGGCGAAGACCAGACAUUGCUAGCUGCUGUUGAUGCAGAGGAAGAAAAGACAAAUGAUGACGAAAUGGUUGAAACAAUCAAAGAGGGCUGCUGCCCAUAUCUGCAGAUUUUCAAGGGAGGAAAGCUUGUAUUUACAACGACGUGGCGUGACAUGGAGGAUGGUCAGGGGAUCCAGUGGGCAAGUACAGGUGAUGGUUCAGUCUCGUUCAACGUGAAUUGUAUGCUCCAGGGAGAUAUUUUGAUCCGCUGUCGCCAUUUGACGGAUGCCGGAGAACGCAUUUCGAUGUUCCGCGGUGCAUUUCACACCGGUUACAUUCCGCAAGGCAUUUUGAGAUUGACUAAGGCACAGUUGGAUGGUGCUUGCAAUGAUCCCCGCUUCAAUCAAGAUUUCUUUGUUGAUCUCAUCUUUGCGGAUGUUGAUACUGAAAGAAAAAUGUCAACGACAGACCCAGACGGUGGCGAGCUCGUCAGCACUCCUAAAAGUGAAGGUGUUUCGUUGAAUGAGGAAGACCGUCAAGCGUAUGAAAAUAUGCUUCAUCGUGAUGAGACCUUUUGGCAGGAUAUUGAAGAUAGGAAGAAGCGACUUCAAAAGCUGCGCGAAGAGCAACUACAAAAGAAACAGGCUGAGGCAGAAGCUAAGGCCGUCGCCGAAGCUGAAGCAAAGGCUAAGGCUGCAGCUGAGACCGAGGCCGCGAAAAAGGAGGAGGUAGUUCAGAAGCAAAAGGCUUUCAGCAUUAAUGGCACAAACGAAUAUGCUGUUCCGAAGGGAAGUAUUGCUCGCAAAGGGAGUUGGAAUGAGGAGAAGGACAAGGAGCUUAUGAGUGAGCUCGAGUCUUUAACAAGUGGGGCUAUGAUGAAUGCUGUUGCCGACGUCGAUGGAGACGAUUUGGAAGAAAAGGCUGUUCAUACCACAACAGCUACGAGCGGAACGGAUGACUUUAGUGACCUGUCGGCGGAGUUGGACGAAAUGAAGAACCUGGAGAAAGAGUUGGGCCUACAAUCGAUCUCUAGUGACGUGGCGAGUCUUUCAGAUGACAAGAUCGACCCCCAACUCAAGCUGCUGGAUGCUGAGCUUGGGGGCCUUGAGGGAUUAUCACCGAAGGCCGAUGACGGUAUUGAUGAUGUUAUGAACUUUGGGGCAGACGAUUUUGAGGAGCUGGAAGAGUAUCUAAGUGGUCUUUCGACCAAGUGA